AUGGGGCAAUAUAUUACAACACAUGAUUUUUAUCAUUCAUAUACUGAUGAACCACAUGCAACACGUCGAAAAGAAAUGCUUAAAAAAUAUCCUGAAAUAAAACAAUUAAUGGGUCAUAAUUGGCGUAUGGCAAUACAAGUUGUUAUAUCUGUAUUCAUACAAAUAAUUGUUGCAAUACUUUUACGAGAUUCAUCAUGGUUAAAAUUAAUUUUUAUUGGUUAUAUUGUUGGUGGUACAAUAAAUCAUACAUUAUCUUUAGCUUUACAUGAAUUAACUCAUAAUUUAGCAUUUGGUCAUGCACGACCAUAUUGUAAUCGUUUAUUAGGUUUUUUUGCUAAUUUACCAUUAGGUGUACCAGCAUCGAUUACAUUUAAAAAAUAUCAUCUUGAUCAUCAUAGAUUUCAAGGUGAUGAAAUGUAUGAUACAGAUAUUCCAACAUAUCUUGAAGUAUAUUUAUUUUCAUCACGUAUUGGAAAAUUUUUCUUUUUACUUAUAAUGCCAUUUAUUUAUACAUUACGACCUGUAUUUAUUUUUCCAAAACCAAUACAUAUUUUAGAAAUAAUUAAUUUAAUUAUUAUAUUAAUAUUUGAUGGAAUAAUGUUUUAUUUUUUUGGUUAUAAAACAACAGCAUAUUUUAUCUUAAGUACUAUACUUGGUUUAUCAAUUCAUCCUAUAUCAGGACAUUUUAUUGCUGAACAUUAUGUUUUUAAACAAGGAUAUGAAACUUAUUCAUAUUAUGGACCAUUAAAUGCUAUUACAUAUAAUGUUGGAUAUCAUAAUGAACAUCAUGAUUUUCCAUAUAUACCAGGUCGAAAUUUACCAAAAAUUCGAAAAAUUGCUCCUGAAUAUUAUGAUAAUUUACCAUGUUAUACAAGUUGGACCAAAGUACUCUACGAUUUUGUCAUGAAUGAUAAUGUUGGUCCUUGGGCACGAGUUGUACGAUCGACAAAAUCUGGACGUGAUGGUGUAGUAAGUCAACAAGAGUAUGAACUCAAAUUGAAAACAAUUGUUAAAGAAGCUCACAAACGUGAUUAA